AUGGAAAAUGGAAAAAUAUAUAAUUUGAACAAAUUAUCAUUAAAAUAUGGCUAUUAUGUCCCUGUUGGUUAUAAAAAUUUUAUAUUUAAUUUGUGUGCUGAUUGUAUGGUGUGUGAAAGCAUGUUGCACAAUUCAAGUGGAGUUCAAUCAUGUUUUGAUGUAAGAGACACUAGCAUUACUGAAAUUGGUGAUACCAUCACCCAACAAACCAAAUUUAUAAAUGAUCAAACACUAUUAAUUCGUUAUUAUAGUAAUGUCACUAAAUUUAGUUCACAAUAUUUCAUUGGCUGUGAACCUGACCAACACUAUAAAAUUUAUUCCAAUGUUACCGAAUCUCCAAAAAACAAUUACAAUAUUUAUAUUGGAACAAGUUUAAUGUGUGUCUAA